AUGCCCGAAGUGCGAAGGGGCAGUCUUGCUCCGCCAUCAGACUCGGCUCUUCCAUCACAAGAAGUCCCUGUUGUUACUCGUCCUUCGCAAUCUCACCAAUCCUCUGAUCGCGGCGUGCGCUUCAACAUUCCCCAAGAACAAGAACCAGUAUCAACAACAUCGCCAACUUUACCGCGAGAACCUCUCGACUCAGCUUUUGCAGAGCUGCCCCGAAAAACAUCUGAAAGUCAAAGACGAACAUCGGAAAUCCCUAGGAGGAGUUCUGAUGCGCCUCGACGAAGCUUAUCAUAUGCUCAACGCCCCCAAGCUGAAGCAUACUACGAUUCCCGAGCAGCUACAGAAAAGGAAUAUCGACGACGAGCUACAACUCUCCUCGAAUACUACGACGAAAACCCGCAUCUACUACCGCAGCUUCCUUUUACUUGGCAUCAUGGUUGGAAGCGCUGGAGACUAUUCAUCUUUGCAUUCGCCGUCUUUGUCGACGCAUCCGCCGUUCCCAUUGCUCUCUACUACGGCCUGAAAUACGCCGGCGACGUCGAGGGCUGGAUCAUCUUUGCUGUUGUGACAACCAUCUGGGGUGGUCCCACCUACCUCGAGUUCGCAGUCCGAACCCUCCGGUUGAUCAAGGUGGACAGGUUCUAUCGGCCCCUAGGAACGAAUAGUCGCUGGUGUUUCGACAUGCUGACGUACGCGUCCACCCUUACUAUUUUCGUUGUCACGGCUCUUUUCAUCAUUGGUAGCGCGCCUCAUAAUGUGUGGUUGAGAGUCCUUUGUAUGCCUGCCCCGGCGAUCCUGUACUGUUACGGCGGUACUCUUUUCCUUAUCACACUUUAUCACCAAAUGAAUUGGCCUGCACCUUUUCGAAUCAGCUCCACUGCCAAGGGCGAAAAGGUCUUGCCAGGUGCUUACUACUUCAUCGAGGAUGUUAUCGCGGUUAAUGCCCUCGGCGGCCGGCCUUACCGGGAAGCUUUAGCAGCUCGAUACAAGGCUAGCCCUCGCUUCCGGGAAAUGGUUUACAGGCAAUCCUGGUUCUGGUCCAUCCCAGCACUAGUCCUAGCAGUUCCCCUGACCAUCAUCUCCGUCAUUCCACAGGUUCCGGCUACCGGCGCCUACGGUGUCGCAUGGGCUGUUCCAUUUCUGUGGGCCGUUGUCUGGGGUAUCAUCACUAUCAAAUGGUGCAAGAGAGAUAUGAAGCGAGAGAGGGAAGAGUGGGAGCGAGGCGUCGACCCAGAGAAGGAGAUUAAGAGAAAGGAUACAUCAAUUGAGACACCUUGA